UUGUAUCAAAAGUAUGAGCAACUUGUUAAAAAGCGUUCGUACCAAGAUAGCUUACUAGAAUUUAAUCCUGAUGAAAACUUACCGUUGUUUCGAUAUGACUGGAAUUUGUACGGCGAAGCUGUUUUCUACUUCAAAGCCACAGCGCAUCUGCCCUCCCAAGAAGCUUUCUGUUGUUUUUCUCGUGCCGAAUUAAAAGAUGGUAGAUUGGCCAGGCUGAGGGAUAAACCGCGGGAAACAAAUGCUCACAAUUCUCACGUAUCUGGUAGCGAAUUUAUUGCAGAUAUGGCGGCAUUAAAACUUCCUAUAUCGUUUGAACAUUGUAAUUGUAAAAAGCGAAAUAGCAGUCGUAAGAAACGAUCAGAAUAUAACAUUCGUGAAAAGUCACCAUAUUUCAAGUCUUCCGUUGCUUAUAAAUCUAGAAACGGCAUGUAUUUGGAACGGAAAUCAUGGUCACAUGAUUAUCCGGAGUCUUUUUCAACUUUGGAAGAUGCAAAGUAUUUUGACUAUUCAACAGAGACUUUAUAUGCUCCUUAUGGUUUACUGAAGGAUCACGAGAACGCUGAAGCAUUUUUUGGCAUUUCAUAUUCACACAUGGAUCAUACAUAUGAAGAAUGCUCAGGAUGUUGGUUUCAUCAAAAGCCAGAGUUUAAGUAUGAAGAGAUAAAGGACUCAUCUGCAGGUGUCCAACAACUCGAACCAACUAGUAGUCAGAGAACAUCAUCAGCUGAAGUCAUCUUUAAUUGGGAUGAGCUUUAUUCGAAACAUAGUGAAGCGGUGGACAGACUCAUUACAAAAGAUUACAUGAAGUAUGAAAAAGAAUCUCCAUUACGACGUUGCAAGGAAUUUUCGGAGAAGUUAAUUUCGGUUGGUCUUACUUACAAUGAUGAAUGUGCAUCUAAUGUCGAAGAUGUGGAUGCGAGUACUUCAGGAUUGACAAAAGGUGGUGGUUAUCAUAUUUGUGAUAUUCAUUAUGAUUUUCGAAUUCCUAACCGAUUUAUGCAAGUAAAUUCAAAAAUUUAUGGGGAUGUCGAAGUUGAUAACGGUGGGGAUAAUACGAACGAUUGUGAUGCUGGAGAUCAGCUAAAUACGUCAAGCUCACGUAAUACAGGUAUUGAGGAUGUUGAUUUCAGCUAUGAUGAACAACGUGACAAAUGGCUAGUUGCUAAAAAUGCAUUGGAUAUUUUCAAGAGUGAUAAGGAUAUGCCAAAAUAUUAUAGCCAACGCUUUCGUCUUUUUUCGAGAUUAAAUGAAGGUAUCCUUAUGGACCGGGGUCAGUUCUUUUUCUUUAUUCAUUUUCUUCACUUAAAUGAUUUGAAAAAAAUUGCAGAAGGGUGGUACUCAGUAACGCCAGAAGUAAUUGCAGCUCAUAUUGCUGAUCGUGUAGUCAUUAUGAAAGAUAUCAUAGUGUUGGACGGUUUUGCGGGAGUCGGUGGAAACUGCAUACAGUUUGCUCUUAAAGGCGCUUACGUGAUAGCACUAGAUAUGGAUCAUGUUCGAUUGCGUUGCGCGAAACGAAAUGCUGAGAUAUAUGGUGUCGCCGAUCGUAUAGACUUCAUUUGCACGGAUUUUUUCAACUUUUGCAAAUUUCAUAGUCAUACGUUGAGACGGUCGAAAUUGAACAUGGGAAAGAAGAGAACUAAUAUGACCCCAUCUACUCGAUGUGAUAAAUCGAAAUUAUGGAGAAAUAAAAAUAAAACUGUAGGUAACUGCAAGCUAGUGGAGGAGAAUGCAAAGGAUAAAUUAGAAGUGGUGGAUCUGAUGACAAAUGAUAUGACUACUUCUCGUGAAGCGAACGAGCAUGAUGGAUAUGAUUCAGGGAUUAUUGCCCUUAAUGUCCCUGUUAUUGAUGCAAUUUUACUCAGCCCUCCAUGGGGUGGACCAUCAUAUCUUAAAUCAAAAGUAUUUAGCUUAAAUGAUAUGGAACCAAAAGGAGAUACAACCUUUCGCGUUGCACGGGACUUGUCUCAUAACAUAGCUUAUUAUUUACCAAGGCAGACAAAUACUAAAGAGCUGAUUACAUUAUCAAAGAAGACUGGUGGUAUUGUAGAAAUCGAACAGGCUGUCGUAAACAAAAAGGUAAAGGCAAUCACAGCAUAUUUUGGCAAUCUUGCUUGUCAGGCAACGUGGUGA